AUGCAAGAACAAGACACAGUAGCCGACGAAAAUUCAAGAAAGGAGGAGGCUCUAAAGGCUAAAUCUCUUGGCGAUGAAGCCUACAAAAAACGAAACUUUGAUGAAGCAUUGCAGCAUUACGACAAAGCCUGGGAGUUGGACUCAACAAACGUGACGAUACUUACUAACAAAGCUGCCGUCUUAUUAGAGCAAAAUAAAUAUGAAGAAUGUAUUAAAGUGUGCGAUGAAGCGAUUGAAGUUGGGCGUGAACAUCGAGCCGAUUUCAAAUUGAUAGCCCGCGCGUACGCUCGAAAAGGGAAUGCGUAUAUAAAAUUGAAUAAUUAUGACGAGGCAAUCACAUACUACAACAAGUCUCUCACCGAACAUCGUACUCCCGAUGUUCUUAAAAAGUUGCAAGAAGCGCAGAAAGAAAAAGCGAGGCUUGAGAAAGAAGCUUACUAUAAUCCAGAGCUCGCCGACAAGGCCCGCGAAGAAGGGAAUGAGCUGUUCAAGAAGAACGAUUUUGUUAAUGCAGUGCAAAAGUACACUGAAGCCAUAAAGCGUAAUGACAAAGAUCCACGGGCAUACAGUAAUCGUGCUGCAUGCUACACUAAACUUAUGGCUUUGCAAGAAGCUCUGAAAGAUUGUGAGACUUGCAUACAGGUAGAUCCUACGUUUGUUAAGGCAUAUAUACGUAAGGCCGUUGUAGAAUUCGCGAUGAAGGAUUAUACAAAAUGCUUAAGUACGUGUGAAGAAGCCCUGAAACAAGAUAAAGACGGAAAACACACAAAUGAAAUAAACCAGCAGAUUGUAAAAUGUUACAAUGCUAGAGGCGAAGAUGAGAAUGUGGCUGAAAGGCUACAAAGAGCAGCUCAAGAUCCCGAAAUACAGAAAAUUCUUCAAGACCCAGCCAUGUCUUCAAUUCUACAACAGAUGCAAGAAGAUCCACAGGCGGCUCGAGAUCACAUGAAGAAUCCCAUGGUAGCGGCCAAUAUUCGCAAACUCAUAAAUGCAGGUAUUCUGAAAGUUGCCUGA